CGUCAGAAGCACGCGGAUGCCCACUGCUCUCGUCUGCUCUACCUUUCACUAAGCCUACUAAAUACAUGCUUCGUUAUAAAUAGACACUAUUUUCUUUUAAAAACAAGCGUUUUUAAAGGUGCAACCGCGCGCGUUUGCCGUGCGCAACUGAAACCGGAGCGAUAUCAGCGUUAUUCCCCCACCUUCACUGCUCUCCUGACAGCAAACUGGACCGAUUCAAUCGCAACGAGCAUCUGCUCGCUCACUUUCAGCGACACUCGGCGCGUAACGCGUCCUCUUUGGGGUUUGGGUUUGUCGGGGAGAGACACAGAAUCAUUUCUACGCGACCCUAAAAGUUCCGCAGGCGCAGUUUUUUUUCCUCCUCCUCCUCCUCCUCUUUCUCCACAGAGCGGUGCAGGAGCAGAAGCAGGAGCAGGACUGAGUCUGGCUCUGCUGCCGCUGCUGCUGCUGUUGCCAACACACAGACAUCAUCGGCUGCUGUAGGAGGGGAUACAGAGACUCCUGCAGGCUAAUUGUUCGCAGGUGUAUCAGUGAUCAGCCUGUGAGGGACUUGGAGCCUCAUCCUCAUCGAGCGUAACUUGUGCGUAACAGAAGAAAAAAACAGACAAAGAAAGAAAGAAAAAAACCCGGGAAGAAUGUCUUACCAAGUACAAUGAGCGCACUAUUGUCGCAGAUGCCAAAACGCACAUUUUCUUCGUCCACGUCAGGUUUUUAGGAGCAACUCAGAGUUGGAAUUUUGAAGGAAAAAAAAGUGGAUCCCACGACUUUACAACCAUGCGAAAUACUUGGCCGUCUCCGCGGACCAGUGCGAUUUGGGAAUACUGGACGUCGCUGCUUGUCUGUCUCUUGUGGAUUCACUACUCUUAUGGGAUGCCGCAUGUUAUUCGAAUAGGUGGGAUUUUUGAGCAAACAGACGGACCUGUUUCACUCGUCAGUGCGGAGGAGCUUGCCUUUAAAUUUGCUGUCAAUAACAUCAACAGAAACAGGACUUUGUUGCCAAACACAACAUUAACAUAUGACAUACAGAGGAUUAAUAUCUACGACAGCUUUGAGGCGUCAAGAAAAGCUUGUGACCAACUGUCUUUAGGUGUGGUUGCAAUAUUUGGGCCCUCACACAGCUCAUCGUCAAAUGCCGUGCAGUCCAUCUGCAAUGCACUGGAGGUGCCGCACGUCCAGGUGCGAUGGAAACACCACCCGAUGGACAGCCGGGACACCUUUUACGCAAACCUGUACCCGGAUUACUCCUCGCUCAGCUACGCCAUCCUGGACUUGGUGCAGUUUCUCAAAUGGAAAACAGCCACUGUUGUAUAUGACGACAGCACAGGUCUUAUAAGACUACAGGAGUUGAUAAUGGCUCCAUCCCGGUACAACAUCCGACUAAAGAUCCGGCAGCUUCCUGUUGACACACAGGACACGAGACCUCUUCUCAAAGAAAUGAAGAGAAGUCGGGAGUUCCGCAUCAUUUUCGACUGCAGUCACCAAAUGGCAGCGCAGAUUCUCAAACAGGCGCAGACCAUGGGGAUGAUGACAGAGUAUUACCACUAUAUCUUCACCACUCUGGACCUGAUGGCCAUCGACCUGGAGCCAUAUCGCUUCUGUGGGGUCAAUAUGACUGGCUUCCGCAUCCUCAACGUGGAUAAUCCCCAGGUUGCAUCCAUUGUGGAUAAAUGGUCGAUGGAGAGGCAGCUACCACCUAAACCAGAUUCAGGCCUGCUGGAGGGCAUCAUGACGACAGAUGCAGCUCUGACCUAUGACGCAGUCCACAUUGUAUCCGUCUCGUACCAACACGCUCCACAGAUGACGGUGAACUCGCUGCAAUGCCACCGUCACAAACCCUGGAGAUUUGGAGGGCGCUUCAUGAGUUUCAUUAAAGAGUCCCACUGGGAUGGUUUGACGGGCAGACUGUCAUUCAACAAGACAACUGGUCUUCGUACAGAUUUCGACCUGGACAUCAUCAGUCUAAAGGAGGAUGGCCUUGAAAAGGUGGGGAAGUGGAGCGCGUCAGGAGGUCUCAACAUCACAGAAGUGCCAAAGCGAAAAGGGGUGAACAUCACUGAUUCCCUGGCUAACCGCUCCCUCAUCAUCACCACCAUCCUGGAGGAGCCAUACGUCAUGCUUAAGAAGUCUGACAGGGCGCUGGUUGGCAAUGACCGUUUCGAAGGAUUUUGCAUCGACUUGCUUAAGGAGCUCUCAAACAUCCUGGGCUUCACGUUUGAGAUUCGCCUGGUGCCGGAUGGAAAAUAUGGCUACCAGGAUGACAAGGGCCAGUGGAACGGCAUGAUCAGGGAACUUAUUGAACAUAGAGCAGACUUGGCAGUGGCUCCUUUCACCAUCACCUACAUGCGUGAAAAGUUUGUCGACUUCACCAAGCCCUUCCUGAACACGGGCAUCAGCAUCCUGUAUCGCAAGCCCAACACCACCAACAGCGGCUUCUUCUCCUUCCUGAACCCCAUGACUCCAGACAUCUGGGUCUACAUCCUCCUGGCGUACCUCGGGGUUAGCUGUGUCCUUUUUGUUAUUGCCAGGUUCAGUCCAUAUGAAUGGUAUGAUGCCCAUCCUUGUAAUCCGGGGUCAGACGUGGUGGAGAACAACUUCACCCUCCUCAACAGCUUCUGGUUCGGCGUUGGUUCCUUAAUGCAACAAGGCUCAGAGCUGAUGCCAAAAGCGCUGUCGACCAGGAUCAUUGGUGGCAUAUGGUGGUUCUUCACGCUGAUCAUUAUAUCGUCCUACACAGCUAAUUUAGCAGCAUUUCUCACCGUGGCAAGAAUGGACUCGGCCGUGGACUCAGCUGAUGACAUCGCCAAGCAGACUAAGAUUGAAUAUGGUGUUGUCAAAGACGGCGCCACCAUGGGCUUCUUCAAGAAAUCUAAGGUUUCCACUUUUGAGAAGAUGUGGGCCUUCAUGAGCAGCAGACCAAGCACAUCACUGGUGAAGUCUAUCGAGGAUGGAAUUCAGAGGGUGCUGAAGUCAGACUAUGCCCUCAUUAUGGAGUCCACCACUAUUGAUUACAUCACCAGGAGAAAUUGCAACCUGACGCAGGUGGGAGGACUCAUUGACAGCAAAGGCUAUGGCAUCGGCACCCCCCUUGGUUCUCCAUACAGAGACAAAAUCAGCAUUGCAAUCCUUAACAUCUUGGAGGAUGGGCGCCUACACAUGCUCAAGGAGAAGUGGUGGAGUGGGAGCAGCUGCUUGGCUGAGGAGCAACAUGACACGGGCCCCAUGGGGAUCCAGAACCUGGGUGGUAUAUUCAUCGUGCUAGCCUCUGGCUUAGUGCUGUCUGUUUUUGUGGCGAUUGCUGAAUUCGUCUACAAACUACGGAAGACUGCAGAGCGUGAGCAGGUCUUUGUGCAGCGCCAUGGUGGACGAGAUCAGACUGUCGUUCACCUGCGAGAGGCGGGUGAAACACAGGCCCCAGCCCCCAGCCAUGGUGAAGACGGAUGCGGUGAUAAACAUGCACGCCUACAACGACCGACGACUCCCAGGAAAGGACAACAUGAGCUGCAGCACUGGGAUGACUCCUGUGUUCCCAUGACAAUGUACUCCCCCCAGGGCAAGAACCUCAUGAGUAACGUGUCAGGGACAGUGCCAGAGAGUAGAGACAAUGGCCUAGACGCCAUCACCAGAUACACCAUUAACCACAGUGAUUUUGGGACACUAACCAAACAUGGGCAACUGAAAAUGGCAGCAUCAGCCACACAGGUAUGACCACAUUUGCCACUGUAAUCCAAACCCACGAGAGAUUCGAGAAAUUGGCGGAGGCCCUGGGAAAAGAGUAACACCCAUAAUAAUUAGUCUUGAGUCUGAUGUUUACGUGCGCAAAACAAAAACAAAAAAGAAAAUGAGAAAUUUCAAGGAACACUCAAUCACUAAAAAGACCGAAUUUUAUUGGACUGAAGCAAUCUUGAUGAGAAUGGCAAUAAAUUACAGAUAUAUAUGUAAAAGGACAAGGAAUAUGAGCUUUCAUUGAAGUUUAGUUUUGGCACACAUGAAAAUGAUUAUUACCUUUGUCCUGUUGAUCUACACACAAACUCCUGGAUGGCAUUUGACAGCAGAAAAUAAUGUUACCUCAAACAUGUUGUCUAUAGGCUUACAGUUGAUGGGUAUUUUUGAGUUAGAGGCUGCAGGAUAAGAUAAAGGAUCCUUUGAAAGUUUGGUCCACAGGAAUGUUUAUGAAAGUGUGUUGGGUUGAGUCUUGUUGGGUUGGAAACAAAAGAGUUGAGACAUAACAGUUUGGCAGUAAGUUUGUUAAAGAUGAGAUUCAUGUGAAGUGACACACAAAAUAGUAAAAGACGAUGGUUGAACCAUGGAUUAUUUGAUUUUCUUUACUUUUUUUGAACAGGAUUGAAUUUUAAUCAUUGCCAAAGAUUCAUCCAUUCAACAGCAAAUAGUUUUUCAGAAAAAACACCAUGCACCAUGCAAAGUACUGCAGUGUUUUAAAUAGGAUUACUAUCAAAGGAUCCUGCAAUAGAGGAUCAUUGUGUUUGGCACAGUUGCCAGUGUCAAACCACCUAACCUAAAACCAUUGUCAACAAAGUAAUUGAAAGCAUUUAAAAGAGUCUAAAGCCUGGUUAUUACUGAGUUGUGUGACACUUUAAAAUGUGAUUAGCAACAUAAAUGCUAAUCACACUUUCAUGCUGCAGACAGAGAUUGUUUUUGUGUGAUGGACACCAUCAUCUUUUGCCAUCGAUGAUUAGUCGUCCCCACAUCCAUGAAGACAUUGAAUCGUCAAAUGUCGGACCAAACAUUUUCUCCAUUUUAUUUUGAUUACCUCAGUCUCUUGUGCUACUACUGACCUCUUAUGAAAAGUAAAUUCAAUAUCUCUUUUGCCGAAGCAUACACGGAAAAUGGUGUGAGACUAAGUUUGGCUGAGCAACAAUUAUCUAAAGUGUCAGGCAACACAGUAUGACUCAGGCUUACUGGUUAACCUUUCUGAUCUUUUGGCCCUGAGCUCAAAAAGUUUAAUUAUUGAACUGUCAAACAAUUAUGUACAUUUGUUCUAAAAGUUCUGUUUUCAACAUUGGGCUGAUGAAAAAAGAACAAUGACAUGGUGGAGAAUAACAGGUAUGUGUGCUAAUAUCUGCAAUUAAUAAUGGAUUUUAAAUUACUGAGAUAAAAUGGGACUGGGAUCAUAUAACUAAAGGCCAUGUUUUGGGGGUUAAUUUAAUCAAAACAAAUCUAUCAAAACACAUAUUGGUGUUUGUCCAUGGGUAAAAGACCACUCAUUUUCUACUAUUAGUUCUGAACAAGUUUUUGAACAGUUACUUCACCCUUUUUUCCAGCCGUGAUUCCAGAGGCGUUUUGGCAGGAUAAUAAUAUUUUUUUCAGUGAGUGUAAUAAAAAACUAUCCAAGGCUCUAAAUGAGAAGUGAUUUUGAAGGUUAUCUCAGAAUGUUUUGCAUUACCUGGUGUAACCAGUGUUGUAGUGUGCGGACAUGCUGAAUGACAAUGUGGGGAAUAGAUGGACAAACAGAAGAAAGACAAUGAUUUUGUGUUCAUGUUGACUUUAGUGUCUAUUGAGAAUAUGUAUAUCUUAGGCAAAUGUCAUGCCGUACGAAGAUUCGCGGAGUCUGUGAGCUGCUGUCACCAGGGAGUCAAACAAACGACAAACCUCUGUGAGGUUUCCAUUGUCAAAACGUCGGAAGAAGAAGAAGAAAAAAAAUACUAACUAUGAGGUCAAGGAAAAUACAAUCUGUAAAAUUUAGCAAUGGUUUGGUAGAGAUUUAUUGUAUAAUUGUUUAUCGAUUCCCUUCUGCAAAGUAGAGUAUGUAGAUAAGAUCAGCAGGAGAAAAUGUAUUUUGCUAAAUUUAUACUGUUAAUUAAUCCUGUUCACAGUCAAAUAUGUUAAAGAUGCUAUUUAUUUCAUUAGAGAUCACUUUGUCCUACUUCCCCUGUAUCACAAAAAAAGAAUCUGUUUAUUUAUUGAAUGGAAAUUCAUUAUAUUAUGGUGUUUUGGAUUACUAUAAUCCAGAUGGGGGAAACACAUAUAUGUUGGUAUACUUUUAUGAAGGGUAGUUUAUUUCUACAAGGUGAACAUAAAACAGAAAUUAACAGAAAUGUUGUAAGAAUUUAUGGGAAAACCCCAUAGAAUAGGGUUUUAUUUCAAGUAACUGCCCCUUUACUCCUUGAAAAUUCACUUCGGACCAUGGGCCGUAUUCAUGAAGUUCAUACUAAAAUUGACAAAAAUAUAAAACAAGUCUUGAAUGAAUGAAGACAAAAAUCACUUAAAAUAUAUAAGAUAGUUGCCCCUAACCCUUCUGUUACCAUCCUGUCAUCGCCGACAGGAUUUGGCCUGCGUACUUCUAAUUAUCAUAAAUUCAAAAUUAUGGACUGGAGACCUUUCCACGGUGUGACCCCGCCUUUUGUCCUAUGUCAGCUGAGGUUGACACAGCACCCCCCACAACCCUCAUGGAUGGAUACUGGAAAGCAGAGAAAUAGAGCUCUGUGCCCAUAUACUUGUCAUUACGGUAGCCCUCAGGACUUCCGCAGAAUGAUUCCCCAGCGCGUCACACAUGAUUGACUUCAGCUUCUCAGUACCGUAAUUCCUAAACGGUUGACUAACUGCCAGAUAUUGAAAGAAAAGAUGGAAGCAGUCACUCAUAGAACAUUAUCAGGGUGGUCAUAAGAGGGUUAAAGGAGCCCCUAUGAACAACUUCUGGGAAAAGCGAGGAAGAAUUUUAAGUAAGAAAGAAAACCAUGUCGUGCAGUCAUUAAAUGGUCCAGUGUGUUAGGCCUCCUACAGUCUGUGAGAUUUCAGCAAUCGUAUCGUGAUAAGUCACACUGUGCAACAUGGAUCUAAUGAACUUGACUAAGACGUCAGGUAUGAUACAUGCACAAUUUACAAUGCUCACAUAAACUGUAGGCUAUGGUGAAAGUCAUCAGCUAGGGAUGCACGAUAUUGUGGGAAUCUGCAGAUACUGGCUUUGAAAUGUAUUAUUGGAUAUUGGCAAACACGCCAAGAUCCGCCCAUAUGACUAUUGACUAAAACAGUACGCUGAACAGGCUGCUACAUCCUUGACUUCUACACUGGCACCUUCUAUCCAACUAUUAGUUUUUAUGUUGUUUAGGUUUA